AUGAGUGAUAAGAAACAAGCACCAGAAGCGUCGCCCAGCUUGAAUAAUGCCGGAGUGGCGGAGGGAAGCAGUGGAUCAGACAGUCAACAGUCGACACCAGUAAAUAGUCCGGCGGGAGUGAGCCAAGGGUCGAAUCAGGGGGCCAGUGGGGCGUCAGGAGCACAAGAAGGAUACUACACGGGCAAUGCGGGCUACGGAGGAUACGCAGGUAACGCAGGCAAUGCCGGUGGUGCCAACAAGCCGUACAAGCAUUAUAACAGACAGAAUUACAAUGGCAACAAUAAUGGCAAUAGCAUCAACAACAGUGGCAACAGACAGCACUAUAACAACAGAAAAGGGUACAACCAGAAGAUCAACCACAAUAACCAGUACAAUAAUUAUAACAGCUAUCCACCAAAUAUGUAUGCAUACGGCUACUAUCCAUCGCCAUACGGCUACGCCGCGGCCCCAAUGGUUCCGGGAAUGCCUCCAAUGCAGUCGUUUCAACAACCGCCAUACUCGCCAUUGCCAGGUGGAAAGGUCAAGAUCACUACCAAGGAGGGCAAGCAGAUUGAUUUAGAAGAAAAGAAGAAGUUGUCCAACGCAAGCAACACGCCGAUCUCGUCUCCUUUACAAGGAACAGCAUCUCCUGUCACUUCGCACAUAUCGCCUGUGGUGCCGGCUGCGACUUCGUAUGCGUCCGUCGCUGCUGCUGAAGAGAAGCCUAAGGAACCGGUAUCGGUGUCCAGUUCGACCUCGCCUGCUACUUCGUCUGCUGCCAGUUCGUCGGCGACCGCUUCGCCAACCACCGCCUCACCUCAACCUGCUGCCAGCACCGGUAAAUUAUCGGUCGCAGAGGAGUUCAAGAGAAAGAUUUUGGAAAGAGCUGCUAAGGCGUCAACGGCACAGAAGAAGGAAGAACCUAAGGCUGAAGCUCCAAAGGCUACAAUUCCAAAGACUGAGGCUCCAAACGUUGCAACCCCUGUGGCUGAAGCUCAUAAGGAAGAGGCUCCAAAGGCUUCAACUUCAGUGGCAGAAACUGCUAAGGAAGAAGCUCCAAAGGUUACAGCCCCAGUAGCAGAAACUGCUAUGGAAGAAACUCCAAAAGUGGAACAACCAAAAGUGGAAGAACCAAAGGUGGACGAGCCAAAGGUAGAAGAGCCAAAGGUGGAAGAACCAAAGGUUGGCAUUUCAAAUAUCGAAGAACCAAGUACUACACAACAAGAGGCUAAGAUCGAAGAACCAAAGGAAGAACCAGUCCAAAAAUCAGGUGAUUUAAUUACGGAAGAACCAAAAGAACCAGUAGAAGCAGUUGUUGGUGAUUCUGAAGCAAAAGACGACGAAGAAUCGAAAGACGAUAUCAAGGACACUGAGGAUUCUGAAUCUAAAGCAUUGGAAACCGAAGAAACUGAGCCUAAAGAUGAAGGACCAACCAUUUCUCAAUUCUUUGAAAAAUUACACACCAGCUCAGAUAUUGAUGACCCAUUUGCUGUAACUUAUCCAAGUCCAUUUGUAGGUGUCGAUUCAAAGUGGAAAUCAGAAACUAAGAAAUAUAGAUACGACCCUCAAUUCUUAAUUCAAUUCCGUGAUGUAUUACAAUUCCCACUUGACAAUGAAUGGAAAUCUAAAUUAGAGAAUUUAGGUAUCGUAUCGACUGUUAACAAGAGAGGUGCUGGAUCGCAAUCUUCAAGAGGCAUGAAUAAAUUUGGCAACUCAAUGUCAGGUAGAUUUAAUGGCCCAAUGUCCGGAAGAGGUCAAUUUAAUGACGGAAGAACUAAUUCAAGAAGCGGCUCUAAGAGAAGAGGUGGAAGUGGUGGCCCAAGAGAUAAAUCUACAAGAAAGGGUAACCAAUCUAAGAGAGGUGGUAGAGAUAGAGAUUACCACGAUGACAAGCCAGCUGAAGACGUUAAACCAUUAGAAAAAUCAGCCAACAGAUGGGUUCCAAGAUCGAAGGCUAAGAAGACUGAAGCUAAACUUGCACCAGAUGGAUCAGAAAUCUUGGAGAGUGAGGAAAUUGAAAGAAAGGUUAAAUCAUUAUUGAAUAAAUUAACCUUGGAAAUGUUUGAGCCAAUUACUGAUGAAAUCUUAAACUUGGCUAACCAAUCUAAAUGGGAAGAUAAUGCUAAAACCGUAAGAGAAAUAAUAUCGUUAACAUUCGCUAAGGCUUGUGAUGAACCAUAUUGGUCCUCUAUGUAUGCUCAAUUCUGUGCCAAGAUGUGUACUCAAAUGAGUGAUGAAAUUAAGGAUGUGAAUAUUUGCCUUAAGAAUGGUGAAUUUGCUAAGGGUGGUGAUUUAGCCAGAAGAAUUUUAUUGACAACCUGUCAAACAGAAUAUGAAAAGGGAUGGACUGACAAGUUACCAACAAAUGAAGAUGGUACUCCAUUAGAACCUGAAAUGAUGUCUGAUGAAUACUAUAUUAUGGCUGCUGCCAAGAGAAGAGGUCUUGGUUUGGUUAAAUUCAUUGGUCACUUAUAUAUCUUGAAUAUGUUGAAUGACCAAGUCAUCUUACUCUGUUUGAGAGAUCAAUCAAGUAAUACUAAGGAUCCAUCGGAAGAUAGUUUAGAAAACUUGACUCAAUUGGUUAAUACUGUUGGUGCUAGAUUAGAAACCACUGACAAAAAUAGAGCUGUUUUGAAUUUUGUUUUUGAUAACAUUCAAACCAUCUUAGACAAUUGUAAACUUUCAUCAAGAAUUAAAUUUAUGUUGAUGGACUUACAAGAUUUAAGAUCUGCUAAAUGGAAAUCUGCUAAAGAAGAAGCAGGUCCUAAGACUAUUCAAGAGAUUCACAAUGAUGCAGAGAUCAAGAAGUUAGAAGACGAAAAAGCAGCUGCUGAAAGAAGAAGAAAGAACAAGUCCAAUGAUUCGAGAUCUAAUUCUUCUAGAGGUGGCUCAUCCUGGGGUAACCAAUCAAAGAAAUCUGAACCAAGAGCUCCAACUAAAGACUCGCGUGGAUUUACCUCAGUGCAAUCUUCAAGAUCGCAAUCUAAUAGACCAAACAACGCUUCAGAACAAGCAGCCAGUCAUUUAUCUCCUAGAGAAAACUCGAAGAGAACCGAAUCAAUUCAAUCGAAUGCUAAUAUUUUUGCUGCAUUAGGAGAAGGAGAUGAUGAAGAAAAUAAUGAUGAUGACCAUGGGCACCAUCAUGAAGCUGAACAUGAAGACAAAAGUGUUAACGUGAACGAAGAUUCAACUCCGGUUGAUCAAACUGAAAGCACUGAUUAA